UGGCGCUGAGACCCCCAGCCCUGGGAGAGGAGGAGAAGGAGGAGGAGACCGACCCCUCAUCAGCCGCGUUCCUCCACCGCACACCUCCCUUUUCCCCUCCCUCUGGCCUCAGCGCCGCGCUGGCGGGGCCGGAGAGGGCAGGCGGCGCGGGAAGGCGGCUCUCCCAGCAUGGACGGGCCAUGUGUAUCCUAAGGAAUAACAGCAGCUGCUGCGCCCACGAUGGGGAGCAGAGGAAUGCGAGGAGGAGAGGGCUCGCUGGGGCAGAAUCAAAGAACCUGGGUGUGACAUCGUCAUGAAUGAGAGAAGAAGGUAAUACAGUGUUGGAGGUGCCUGUUUGCUGCCACUGUUUAGAGGGAAAAUGAUGCAUUAUGGGGACUCACUCGAAAGGAGUGAAUGAGAUGAACUGUUUGGGUUAUAGUAUCUGAAAGGCUAAAUUAUUCUCUUGGAGAGACGUUCUAAAUGAGCCUGACCGAGAUCCUGGAUCUGUGUGAAGAGGACUAAGGAUAUAGGAUGUCAACUGAGACAGAACUUCAAGUGGCUGUUAAAACCAGCACAAAGAAAGACUCCAAAAAGAAAGGUCAGGAUCGCAGCGAAGCCACUUUGAUAAAGAGGUUCAAAGGUGACGGUGUCCGCUACAAGGCCAAGCUGAUCGGGAUCGAUGAGGUUUCUGCUGCCCGAGGGGACAAGUUAUGCCAGGACUCCAUGAUGAAGCUCAAGGGAAUUGUUGCUGCGGCUCGAUCGAAAGGAGAACAUAAACAAAAAGUCUUCUUAACAGUUUCCUUUGGGGGAAUCAAAAUCUUUGAUGAAAAGACAGGGCUACUCCAGCAUCACCACGCAGUUCAUGAAAUUUCCUACAUUGCAAAGGAUAUCACAGACCACCGAGCGUUUGGAUACGUGUGUGGAAAGGAGGGGAAUCAUAGAUUUGUGGCAAUAAAAACAGCCCAGGCAGCUGAACCUGUAAUCCUGGACUUGCGGGACCUAUUUCAGCUCAUCUACGAACUGAAACAAAGGGAAGAAAUGGAAAAAAAGGCACAAAAGGACAAACAGUGUGAGCAGGCGGUAUACCAGACAAUUUUGGAAGAAGAUGUAGAAGAUCCUGUAUACCAGUACAUUGUGUUUGAGGCUGGACACGAGCCCAUCCGUGAGCCUGAAACGGAGGAAAACAUUUAUCAGGUUCCUACCAGCCAGAAGAAGGAAGGUGUUUAUGAUGUGCCAAAAAGUCAACCUGUAAGUCUGGAGAAUGGAAACUUAUUGCUGGACAUUGAUGAAAAUCUUGUUUCAGUCACUCAGGCUGUUACCCAACUAGAGCUUUUUGGGGACAUGUCCACUCCUCCUGAUGUAACCUCUCCCCCAACUCCUGCUACUCCAGGUGAUGCCUUUAUCCCAUCUUCAUCCCAGUCACUCCCUGCUAGUACAGACAUGUUUGGUUCUGUACCUUUCAGCACUGCUGCCGUACCCUCAGGUUAUGUUGCCAUGGGAGCUGUCCUGCCCUCCUUCUGGGGACAGCAACCACUUGUUCAGCAGCAGUUGGCCAUGGGUGCCCAGCCUCCAGUCGCUCAGGUGAUGCAGGGAGGACAGCCCAUCGCGUGGGGCCAGCCCGGCAUCUUCCCUCCCACCCAGCAGCCGUGGCCAUCCGUGGCUGGCCAGUUCCAGCCCACUGCCUUCAUGCCAACACAAACUGUUUUGCCUUUACAAGCAGCCAUGUUUCAAGGUACCAUUGCUCCUAUAGCCACCGUCCCACCCACGAGCGAUUCCAACAGAUCGAGUCCGCAGACAGACAGGCCCAGACAGAAAAUGGGAAAAGAAAUGUUUAAAGAUUUCCAGAUGGCUCAGCCUCCACCAGUGCCAUCAAGAAAACCAGAUCAGCCUUCCCUCAGUUGUACCUCAGAGGCCUUCUCAAGUUACUUUAACAAAGUUGGGAUGGCACAGGAAGCAGAUGAUUGUGAUGACUUUGACAUCUCUCAGUUAAAUUUGACUCCUGUGACUUCCACGACACCAUCUACAAAUUCACCUCCCACCCCUGCACCCAGACAGAGUUCUCCAUCCAAAUCAUCAGCAUCUCAUACGAGUGACCCUGCUGCAGACGACCUCUUUGAAGAGGGGUUUGAAAGCCCAAGCAAAAGUGAGGAGCCAGAGGCUCCUGAUGGGUCUCAGGCCUCCUCCAACAGUGAUCCCUUUGGUGAGCCAACUGGUGAUACUAUAAGUCCACAGGUCGGUAGCUAGAUAGCACAGGUUGGGGAAGCAGAACCUCUCUACGCGCAGAUUAACAGACCUAAGAAAUAGCAUUGUUACAGGCUUGUGGUGCUCCAAGACUCAAAAGAAACCCAACAACCUGGUGGGCCUUUGGCUUUCAUGCUUUUUUCCGAUUGAUUUUGUCUGACAAAGGAGAGAGUUUGCCCUCCUGGACUGGCUCUACGAGUGUUCCUGAUGUGUUUUUUUGGCAACCAAUGGCAGAUUCCUAUGGCAGCACAAAACAAAAACUCUCCCUGCUUCUCAUACUACGAGUGCAGCCCCGUCCCCACAAGUGAUGGGUAUCCAGACUAGGAAAUCCUACUCCUCAGUCUUCUUUUAAACAUUUGUCACCUUCUGUGUGCCACCUAUAAAUAACGAGCAUCUGAAAUUUAUUGGGUGUUAGACAUUCCUUUUUUUUUUUCUUUUCAGCAAAAAGCAGAGUCUGUAUGUAGCAGUGCCAUUAUCAUUCAGCAGCCUUUGGGGCACGAGUCGGCACUUUUUAUGUCACGGUGACAUGUUUUUCAUCUUCAUUUACAUCAGGCUGAUCCUGACCCUUUUUUUUUUUCCCCUAUGUAGACAUAUUUAAACAACAACAGCAAAAUACUGGUGGUGUCUUUUUUUUUUUUUCUUUUUUUUUUCCUUUUUUUUUUUAUGUAUUUCUUACUCUGUAGUUUUGUAUGAGUGACAGAUCUAACAGUGAAACGCCUCCUGCAGAAAUGAUUCCCAACUUGAAACCGCAGAACAGAACUCGGUUGUUUAUCCAUCCUUGACUGAAAAUGUUGCCAAAUGGACCUUUAAGUUCUAGCACAUCGUGAGGAAGAAAUGCUGCUUUCUGUUGGAAUACUCAUGUUCUGGGUAGAGAAAGGACAUCGAGUCCCACUGAGGAAAGACAAGAGAGUCAGUAUUUCCUAGGAAACUCUAAACAAAGUGCAGAAAAGGAAUAUUUUUAUUUCUUCAAUAUCUUGCUGCUGUAAUGCUAUGCAGACAAGUGUUUUCUUCUCUGUGUGCCAUUUUUGAUGAAAAAAAAAUCAUUUGCCAAAUAAUACUGGUAUGCUUCUGGUUUAGGAGUUUGGAUGAAGCGGACUUGACAAAUGAGACAAGGACGGCAUGGAUUUUGGAAUAACAAACUGACUCUGUGAUCAAAAUUGUUCAUCUUUAUCACUUUUUGUACAUCAGAAAAAAAUCAAAUGGGAUUUUUAUUUUAUAACUUGAAAAAAAAAUCUUACUGUUAAACUCUUUAAAUGUUUAAGGGGAAAUGGCUUUAAGGAGUUCGAAUGAAAAUUGCCAUUUUUUUUUGUAAAUAUAAAUGUUAUGAAAAUUCUUUUACUAAUGCCAUUACACAGUAGAGAAGGUAGCAAGUUGCAGUGCUUGGGAGGUGUGGCAAACCCAGUUUGUGGUUCUCACAUCACAUAUGUUUUUUCACAUGCUUAACAAUAAUGGGCUGAAGCUCAAGUGCAUUUGCCAAAAGCAGUCAGCUUGUCAGCAACUAGUGAAAUUAAUGGCAACACAUGAUUUUAUGGUCUAGCAUUAUCACACGGACAUAAUUCUACUUACAAGAGAUCACUUUCCAUUGACAUUCCUUUGAACCUCUGCAUAGAAGUCAUCCAACUGUUUACAUGCAGAACAAAAAGAAUUUAAAACUUCCUUUUUUUACAUUUAUGAAGCAAGAAGUGCAGUGUUUGGGUUCAUAUGUUUAGCACAUGAUUUUCAUAAAGAAUCUAUAUAUUUUUGCCCUACAGAGAAUUGUUAUACAGGUCAAAUGUGUUUUCCUGAUGUUCCUAUGCAGUUUCAGUAUAUUGAAUUUAGUGGUUUAACACUAAAAAGCAAAAAAAAAAAGAAAAAAAAAGGAAAAAAGGUUAAAGAAAUCAAAGGAUUAAUCAGUUUUUAGGGUUAUUGUGCAGAUUUUGUUUUUAAAUUGACACAUUAGGAUUUGCAUUUUUGUCAUGAUUAAAAUAGGCCUGGAGUUAUAAAUGCUUUACUUUCUUUCAUCUCUUAUUAUAAGCUAAAAAUGGUUUAGAAGGCAGAAUAACUGGGGUGGUGAUUGUUGGUGUGUGCAACCAAAUCUCACAAAACGAUCCCAUUCUUUUAUUUUGAAUUAGAGAAAUUAGAGAAAUGUGCAUUGCAGAAUGUAUGUGAACGAGAAAUUAGCUGUGAAUAGACCUAAUGAACCUGCAGAGAGGAGAAUUUUAUCCCCAUCCACGGUCAUUUGAUGCUUGUUCCUUAGUCAUGUGCAAACAGCUUCGUAGCAAAUCUUGUUUUCCCAUUGGAAGAUCAAGUUUUCUAACUGGAGGAGAUAAUUUAAAACUUGGUGGAUCGAGUGUUUCAGGAUUAAAAGCAGAGGUUCUGGAGGACACUUCUGUCAGAAUAUUUUCCUGAUUUGCACAGUGGUGCUACUUUCUUCCUCAGCAGCUUUUGUUUGGGUUUUGUCCUGCACAUGGAACCACAAACCCAGUUUUGGUUCAUCACAGACAUUGGAGGUUUAGUGUCAUCAGUGCAUUUCCAGUUGUGGGGUGGAACACAGAGGGAAGAAGAGAUUGCUGUCUCAGAGGAUCACAUUUGUAGGAAGCAGAUCGCUCACGGAUAGGUGCUGAGGGAAUGAGGCUGGAAUUCUGGUGUCUCUGGGCCAUCACCACAGACCUUUGUCUUACUUUUGCUCAUGAAUAAAAACAGAUUCUGGAUUGUCUCGUCCCGUGAUCGUCCUUGUCGUGGCUGGGAUGCUGAGCUGAGAGGGCUGCAGGGCCUCUGCACUGUACCAGUAUUGUAGAUAACUCCAAUAUCCAGCUUGUGCAAUUGUUUAACCCCUCAUCCUUCACUAGCACUAAAUUUGUCACUUUAAAUUUACAAACCAGGGAACCCCACCAGCCAUCCUGUUACCAUCCCCCCCGUAGGUUCUUGAUCUUUACCUGUCAUGAAAAGAUAUUUUGAUAGAUCGUAGUCAUGCGAGUGUCUGAUGGAACCUUUCAUCUCAAUAACGUACUGGGCACCUUCUUUGCAAAAAUGUUUACUCCGUGGUUUUCAUUCCGUUUUAUUUCUGCAUUCUGACACUUAUUUUUUUAAUAAAGAUGAGAAAGAUAAAAUGACUGUUGCAGUACAUUUCUAAACCUACUUUAACUUUACCUCAGAUAACGACCAUUUGUUAACAUCUACGGACGCAUUAUUUUUAACUUUAUGUGUAAUGCAUUCAGCAACAACAACAGAAACCAACAAAUUUUUAGAGAUUUUCCAUUAAUUUCUGUAACACACCAUGUAAUACUGUUAUGAAUAAAAACAUUUUAAAAAGGUGUCUUUUCAGUAAGUUUGUUUCAUAGCUUGUGCUCCUCUGGGAUAAUUCUGCCAGACUUAAAAUGCAAUAUUUGUGCCUGACAUGGCCUUUAUUUUUGACAGUGGAAAAACCUGGGAAAGGAGAAAAUCCUCAAUUUGGGGAAUAACUAAUCUUUAACACCAAGUGUUGCUUAUCUUGCAAAUGUGUAACUUGUUGAUUUUAAUUGCUGCCUCCACUUUUUUGGCCUCUUUUUGGGUGUUUUAGCAUGAGCAUCCCAAACCAGCAAGUAUUUGUAUCACCUCCUGGAAAACCCCACAUUCCUGGGACAGCCCAUGCUGUGUGAUGCUCCCAAAGCUGGUUUAUCUUUGUGGUGUGAAAAGCUGAAAUUAAUUU